AUGAUGCCCGUUCAGCAGCUUUUGUCGCCCAACGAAGGGGUCAUGAACGCCUUGUCGGGGCUAUCAAUCGAGCAACUGAACAGCAUGGAGGAGACACUGCGGCGCGCCAAAAUGGAUCGACAACAGUCUUUUGGAAACCUGGCAAGAGUUCCACCCAGCGCUCCGCCUCGUCCUUCAGCUCGACUGCCACCAGCCCGUGCUCCAACUGCGAGCAUGAAGCAGUUCAUGUCGGUGAUGAAUACUACUCCAAAGAGUCCUUCUCCUCCCAAGCCAUCAAUCAAGAUUGUCAACGGAGUCCCAUGGCUUACAUUUACCUAUACAACAAGAAGCGCUGCCAGUACACCUUACACAGUUCGAGCCAACAUUGACCAGGUCAGCAUGGACGAUAUCCCUGCGAAGUUUCAGGAGACGAAUUGCCUCUACCCAAGCGCGAAUGGGGUCGAGGAGGAGUACAAGGGGUCUCGACGCGACUAUGAGCGAGAGUGUAAUGAGCAGGGGUGGAAGCUGGCUCAUCUGAACCCGACGGUUCUGAGCGAGCGCAAGGGUGUUCUUCAGCGAGCUGUGAUCAGUCUUCGGAAUGCGUCCUCUGAGCAAAAAUCGCGUCGAGUCAAGAGUCAGGAAAAGAAGACGCAGAGCAAGGCCGUCGAGAAGGAUGUGAGGGGACCAGUGUUACUGAUCCCAAGAUUGAUUAUUCCAAGUAAUUCUCCAGUGCCAGCACCCCUUCCUUUGACAUGGCAGCCGGCGAUGGUGUCCUCAUUGCAGGAUGGCACUCAGCGACCGGUCCCCUCUGAUCUCACUCCUCGGCAACAGCCCGAAGCGCAAGUUCAGACAGCUACUCCUCAGCUUACCCAACGGCUACCCAGCCUUGGUUCGUUUGAGACUUCAACCAGCGACUUGUCAUCGCUGGAGUUCGACGGCUACAUCCAAGGCCAGUUCAAGCGACUGCGGCUGCAGAUCAACAUCAGCGGCAUCAAUCUAGAUGACAUUCCGCACGAAUUCAAGAGGAGCAACUGUGUCUAUCCUAGAUCCUUCCUGACCCAUGACGACCAGUCUGAGCACUGGAACACCUAUGGUAUCCGACAGGCCGAGGAGUCCUUCUUGAACGAGAUCGGGUGGAAAUUGUGUUUGAUCAACAGUGGACUGCUGAACGGGAAACGACUUUUGUUACAGCAAGUGUUGGAUGCCUACAGGCGACGAUUCCUCCCAUCGACUGGUCAACCUCGGGCAAGGGUCGGUCCAUCACUGUUGACCCGGAGAAACUCUUCUUCCAGUCCUGUGUAUUCACUCUUCAGUGGAUCGGAUCCUCCUCGCACUCGUCAUCGGAAUCAACAGGCCCGUGUCCGUUUUGACACCGGAGAUCCUAUUUCCCGAAAGGAGCAUGUUGAAGUCGCAGGCGAGCCCUAUUCAGAGGACGAUGAGGGAAUGGACAAGGCCUCGAAUCGGUAUGGCAGCGCUGAACGCAGGGCAGCAGAUGAGAACGGCGAUGAGGAGGACGACGAGGAAUAUGGUGAAGAAGGAGAGGAGGACAGCGACGACAGCAAAGGAGAGGACUUUGACGAGGAGGAUGGGGAUGAAGACGAGGAGCCUAGUGAGGGCGACUCUUUUGAGGACGAGUCUGGGGAUGGAUCGUCUUCCGAAGAAGUGUUUCAUUCCCAAAUGUCGCUGUUGUCGUUCACUGGCAGCAUUCGGACGUACAGUCUAGGCACUGGAUCUGGAUCAGCGCGGAGUCGACCACGCAUCCACUCUACCACUGCUGCUACCGCAAGUUCAAAGAACGCCUCGCCCCUCUCUCGGUCCGAGACAUUUCUGACAAGGAAGAGGUCUUGGAACGAGUUUACUCCAAAAACAUACCCCAACAGUGGAGGCAGUGGCAGUAACCACCGUGUUCGAUUUGACAAGCGGAUCCGUCACGGUGAUACGGAAGGGGAUAGGGAUGCGUUGGGAUAUGAGCAGCAUGGACACGAGGAUGGACGAGAGCCCGACGGGAAGAAAAGGGAGGGUAGAGAAGGAGCAGGAGUGGCUGUUGAGGACGGAGGUAGAAAGGAGAAUGAGAGUGAGCAGGAGGGAUAUCAUGACGGUGAGGAUGAGGACGAGGACGAAGGUGAGGGUGAUAAUGAGGAUGAGGAUGAGGUUGACUGGUGGAAGUCGCGGUUGAACAAUAGUGAGUACGCGGAGGAUCAUAAUCUGGUGAGCAUGACGACGGAGGAGCUCAUUGGGGCGUUGACCAAUUGCUACAACAGCGACGUUGAGGAUUAUUACGAGGACGAGGACUGA